CCAAACAUGGCGCAUAGAAACAAACACUCGCAUCUUAUUUGAGUAGGUAAAUGGCGUUAUGGAUCAAACAGAGCGCAUAGAUGAAGUUUGUGGUCGCUUAGAAAGGAUAGAAAAGUUACUAGAAGAUAUUCAAAGUAACACCAAAUCUACACCUCAGGAAGAAGUAUUCCAUUUUUCGCGAGAAGAUGUUGGUGGUGAAAAGGUAAAAGUAGGCAUCAGGGUCAUCAUCAUUGCCGUGGGUGACAUAGACAAUGUGAAACAGGAAUUUACAGUGGACAUAUAUAUGAGAGCAAUAUGGAAAGAACCUACACUAAAAGGAAAGAAGCAGGAGGAGGUGGACUGGUCACAAGCCUGGGACCCAAGGAUAACUUUACUGAAUGAGGNUCUUUAUAAAGAAAAAAUAUGA